AUGAGCUCCUUCGACCUCCCAGCGCCCUCCCCGCCCCGCUGCAGCCCCCAGUUCCCCAGCAUCGGCCAGGAGCCCCCCGAGAUGAACCUCUACUAUGAGAACUUCUUCCACCCCCAGGGCGUGCCCAGCCCUCAGCGGCCCCCCUCCUUCGAGGGCGGCGGCGAGUACGGGGCCACCCCCAACCCCUACCUCUGGCUCAACGGGCCGGCCAUGACCCCCCCGCCUUACCUGCCGGGCGCCAGCACCAGCCCCUUCCUGCCCCAGACCUACGGGGUGCAGAGGCAGCUGCUGCCUGGCAUGUCCGGGCUGGGGGGCGGCGACCUGGGCUGGCUGCCUAUCCCCUCGCAGGAGGAGCUGAUGAAGCUGGUGCGGCCCCCCUACUCCUACUCGGCGCUCAUUGCCAUGGCCAUCCACGGGGCACCCGACAGGCGCCUCACCCUCAGCCAGAUCUACCAGUAUGUGGCGGACAACUUCCCCUUCUACAACAAGAGCAAGGCCGGCUGGCAGAACUCCAUCCGCCACAACCUGUCUCUCAACGACUGCUUCAAGAAGGUGCCCCGCGACGAGGACGACCCAGGCAAGGGGAAUUACUGGACCCUGGACCCCAACUGUGAGAAGAUGUUCGACAAUGGAAAUUUCCGCAGGAAGAGGAAGAGAAAAUCGGAUGUUUCCUCCAGCACGGGCUCCUUGGCCUCGGAGAAAACGGAGCCCGGUCUCCUGGCAGGCAGCCCCAAGACCACGGAGGCCCAGGACAUCUUGGAUGGUGCUUCACCAGGUACCACCAACUCCCCAGAGAAGCAGCCCUCGCCGCCCCCGCCGGGAACCCCGUGCCUCAACAGCUUCCUCUCCACCAUGUCAGCCUAUGUGAGUGGGCCAAGCCCCAUGGGCCGCCCUGUGGCCACGCCGGGACUGAGCCCGGAGCCCGCUGACAAGGUGGGGCAGAACUUGCUGAACUUCAGCUCCUACACCCCACUCACCAACAUCAGUGGCCACGCGGGCGGGGGUGAGUGGGCCAGCCCCACACCCAGCAAUGCUCUGGGCUACGGAGGCUCCGUCCUCAACCAGUUCAGCCCUCACUUCUACAACAGCGUCAACACAAACAGCGUCCUCUACCCCAGGGAGGGCACCGAGAUCUAG